CUCACACUAGGCAAGAGAAAUCUUUCCACUUAAUUCCCUGGCAGCAGUACUUUCUUUUUUUUUUUUCUUUGUGUAUGUUUUAUUCUAGCAGUCCUCACAAAAUACUGGAGCAAUUGGAUUUAAUCAGCAAAAGGACCACCCCCCAAAAUGCUAAAGAUUUAAAUCUGUUAGAGAUAGUUACAAAAGUUUUUAUAUAAAAGGAGAGGAAAGUUUCCAUGUGGUUUGAAAUGAAAUGAGAAUUACCUUGAUUUUAGCCAAAUAAAGUGGCAUCUUGAUGUACAGAAGAAGUCAUAUUCUUUUUUUCCAGAAUCAUGACCAAGAGAAAUUUGGUAUUUUAUUAGGGGAGUGUUUUGCUUGUAAGGCAGGACCAGGGUGUCCUUUCCUGGUUCUUUCUGAGUACCUUUUGGGUGAUUGAUCAAGAAAAUAAAAUGCCUUUGUGGUUUUCUGGUCACCGCUAGACUUGUAGUACCAUGUCUACCACAUCAGAGAAAGACAACAGCCAUCUGUCCACCUGUUUGAGCAUGUGUCAGCCAAAGCUGCAGGAAGACCAGCAACAGCAAGAAAAAUCUGUGAUUGCUCAACCAAUAUUUGUUUUUGAAAAGGUGGAACAAACUUUUAAGAGACCCGCAGAAGACAUUCUGCAUGAAGUGACAGAACGUGAAUGCAAUGGUUUCUCAAGAAAGCGUGUAAGGUCUUCAUCUUUUACUGUGUAUACUGUAGAUUCUCAAUCUCAAGGAGUAUCAACCUUGUCUCAGAAGCGCCUGAGAUCCUCAUCCUUCACUGACCUUCCAACCUUCCCACCUUCCGGGCCAGUGAGAAAAAACAAUGUCUUCAUGACAUCAACUCUUGUGCAAAGGAAUGUUGGUAUAAGGAAUGCAGAACAAGGUCCUGUGAAACAUCCCGAACCUGUUCUAAGGCCUGCUAUAUUGCAGCCACCUCCAGCUCAAAGCUGUGAGAAGAUACAACAAAUAUUUGAGCAUAAUGUGUUAGAAUCUGGCAAAAUUAAAGGAAAAGCAAAACAAAACACAAAGAACUCUGAAGAGGACUCAAGUUUAUUAAGUAAAAAUUUACCAAGUGCCAGAAUUUCAGUCCAGUUGUCUACUGGCCAGCAUUUUUUAGGUACAACCUCAGUAAGAUGUCAACUGAAUGAAGAUACGUCUUCUUUUAAGAGCUGCAGGUCUGACUUCGUUUUUGGAGAAAAUAUGGUAGAAAGGGUUUUGGGUACUCAGAAACUCACCCAGCCUCAACUUGAAAGUGACUCAAAUACCAAGGGAAAAACAUUCAAAUCCAUUGUGAACUUUUCUAUCAACUCCCCCAAUUCAAGAAAAGAUUCUAUAAAAAAUACAUCCCUAAUUGAAUCCGCUGCUGCUUUUUCUUCCCGACUAUCACAAAAAUACUUGCCGGAAAAAGUUAAUGUUAUAACUGGAGAAGAAGCAGAACAUAAUGUGUUAAAGAUCAACUGCAAGAUUUUUAUAUUCAACAAAACAACACAAUCGUGGACGGAAAGGGGCAGAGGAACCCUGAGGCUGAAUGACGCAGCAAGCAGCGACUGUGAAACGUUGCAGUCAAGACUGAUUAUGCGCAAUCAAGGCAGUCUGAGGCUAAUCCUCAAUAGCAAACUCUGGGCACAAAUGAAGAUUCAAAGAGCAAACCACAGAAAUUUGCAAAUAACAGCUACAGAUUUAGAAGACUAUAACAUCAAAGUAUUUUUAAUUCAAGCCAGUGCCAAAGAUACAGGAUGUCUGUACGCAGCAAUACAUCAUCGUCUGGUUGCCCUUCGAAGCUUCCAUAAGCACAAGGAUGUCAAUCAAGCUGAUAGCCCAUCAGAAACAGAUCUCCAACAGUUCAACCAAGAGAGUUGUGAUGAGGAAGAAGACGAUUUCAUUCAAGUUACUAAAAGCGAAUCAGAUCCUUCUAGAUGGACCCACAGACAGUCAGUUGCCUGUUUAUGAAUACUGCCUACGAUACACAUGUCAAUGUCUGCACAAAGAUUGGUUACCCUACAGAAAUGUCAAUCCAUCCUAAUUGAGAAGAUCCUGUUCAUUCCUUGAAGAGGUUUUAGAGGAAAGCUUAAGGAAUAUAAUUUGUUGCAAUAAAAAUUUUCUCUUACGUGCUACAUCUUGAUUAUGACAGAAUUUAAAAAAUGGACCUCAGAAGUUCAAAAUGCAUCAUUUCUUGAAAAAAUAAAAACUUCAGACUAGGAUUUUAUAACUAAUGUGAAUUUCAUCACAUUGAUGGAUGUAAUACUUAAAAUUAUAAAUUUCUGGAUUUGAUAAAUAACCAAAUAAAAUAUUUUUGUCAUACAUUGGGCAAAACAAGUAAUUUAGUUAAUAUUCAGUCAUUUGUUUAAACUUAAAUUGCAUGACUUCAUUAAAUCAUGUUCAUCGUCUGAGAAAUUUAUAUAUAUUCACUUAGCCUUUUGAAUACUAUUAAAUGUACUUACAUAUUCAAGUGUGAAUGCCUUUACAAAAGUAUCUGCUCUUGGAUUUGUAUCCAUUGCAUUGUAUAUAUUCAUGACUGCUGGUUAAUACAUAAAAGCUGUUGAAUGAAUAGACAAAUAUGGCAUUAUGUAUGAAAAAUUAAGUAUACAAAAGCCAAAUAUGUUUUUCCUUUG